AUAGAACCCGUAUCCCCUGCAUUGGAAGUACGGAUUCUUAACCACUGCACCACUAGGGAAGUCCCGCAUCCUGCUUUUUGAGCCCACUGUUUUCACCAUCUGUCCUCACCUAUUUCCAAAGGGUCACUACCUCACUCAGUGACUGCAGACUCUAGGCUGGGAGAGGAGAGGGUUGGCCCAGAGUUUUCAGGCUCCAACAAAGCACCGCGCAGUCUGAGCCGCCUCGGCCUUUUGUGCGUUCACUAUAUGUUGGGUGUAAAAUGGAGAAUUUUUUCCUCUAAGUUUAUGUAAAAAUAUAUGCAAAUAAAGCUGUAAGAAAACACUGCUAGCUGCUCUUCCUCACCCCUUGCCAACAUGACUACCUUCAUAGGUAAAAAAUCGUCAAUACAUAAACUGAUCAUUCCAGAAAAAUGACUUCCAUGGGUAGUUAGGAACAAGCAGUUGCUUAGAAAUUACAUUAACUCCUAUCACGGAGGGACUUAGAUAUUAUAACACUCAACUGGAAGCUACAUUUCCACGUGAAAGGGCUUUCUUUGGUCUUACAUCCAGUGGCUAAUAUUAUACUAGGGGCCUCAAAAUCUGGCGCUUUUAUGUUGUCGGGUGUCUCAAAACGUAGGCGGGGUCAAAAAGACUCCUUUACACCUUGGGGUAUCUCCGACGGGAUUAACAACUUCCCACCACCGCCUCCUACACGUGCUCAGAUCAUGGGAAAGAAGGGAAAAACAAAAAGGGAAACUGCCAGGACUUAAGAUGUCUGCUCAAAACCACUUCGAUUUCCCAGGAAGGGCCUACCCGCUUCCAAAAUGUCCGUCCGCAGUCCUAACGUCACUUGGUCGGCUAGAUCAAGCCAGAAAGCCAUUGCGCUCCAAUCAGGGCUUAGCCCCCUCACCCACUGCCCUUGAUUUCCGUCACUUCCGGUGGUGCAGCAGCCAUUUUGUCAGUCGCCAGCGGAUCCCGCGCGCUGGAGAAGUGCAGUUCCUCUUGGUUACCAACUCGUCCGUUCUCCCUCCGUGGUGCGGGCGCCCUCGAAGAGCACUCACCACAGACACAGCCAGUCCUCCCUACAGUGCCGCCACUGCUGUUGCAUCCGCCCGGAACUAGUGCGCUGUCUUCCUCCCUUGCCACUGACAGGCGCCCUCGGGGAGCCGCCGUCAGCGAUGUCAAGCGAGGAAAGCUACCAGGCCAUCCUGCGCUACCUGACGAACGAGUGCGAGCCGUACGCGCCGGGCACCGAGGGUAAUGUCAAGCGUAAAAUCCGCAAGGCGGCCGCCUGCUACGUGGUGCGCGACGGAACGUUGUAUUACCAGCGGCGGCAGCGGCACCGCAAGACCUUCGCCGAGCUGGAGGUGGUGCUGCAGCCCGAGCGGCGCCGGGGGCUUAUCGAGGCUGCGCACCUGGGCCCGGGCGGCACUCACCACACCCAGCAUCAGACCUGGCACGACUUGUCCAAGACGUACUGGUGGCGAGGUAUAUUAAAGCAAGUCAAAGAUUACAUUAAACAGUGUAGCAAAUGCCAGGAGAAACUAGAUCGAUCCCGUCCUAUAUCAGAUACUUCAGAAAUGUUGGAAGAAUUGGGACUAGACCUUGAAUCUGGAGAAGAAAGUAAUGAAUCAGAGGAUGACCUGAGCAACUUUACUUCGCCUCCAACUACAGCUUCCAAGCCUGCAAAAAAGAAGCCAGUAUCCAAACAUGAACUUGUAUUUGUUGACACCAAAGGAGUGGUGAAACGUUCUUCUCCAAAACAUUGUCAGGCUGUCUUAAAACAGCUGAACGAACAGAGACUCUCUAACCAGUUCUGUGAUGUUACUUUGUUAAUUGAAGGAGAAGAGUACAAAGCUCAUAAAUCUGUUCUGUCAGCUAAUAGCGAAUAUUUUCGAGAUCUUUUUAUUGAGAAAGGAGCUGUUUCCAGUCAUGAGGCAGUGGUGGAUCUUUCUGGCUUUUGUAAGGCAAGCUUCCUUCCUUUACUGGAAUUUGCCUACACUUCUGUGCUGAGUUUUGACUUCUGUAGCAUGGCCGAUGUAGCCAUCUUGGCUCGUCAUCUUUUCAUGUCAGAAGUUUUAGAAAUCUGUGAAAGUGUACAUAAGCUAAUGGAAGAGAAGCAGCUAACAGUAUACAAGAAGGGUGAGGUACAAACAGUUGCAUCUACACAGGACUUACCAGAACAGAAUGGAGGUACAGCACCUCCUGUGGCUAACAACGAGGGAACCGCAACAACUUCAUCCACUGAACUUGGGGAUUGUGAAAUCGUACUGCUGGUGAAUGGAGAAUUGCCAGAGCAGAAUGGAGAGCUAGGACAACAGCCUGAGCCCCAGGUUUCUUCACAGACCGAAGCUGCUCUGUCACCUGUAGGCUGUGUCACUGAUUCCCAUUCUGAAAUGGAGUCUGUUGAUCUAGUAACAAAAAACAGCCAGACAGAACUAGAAACUUUAAACAGCAGAGAAGAGGACGCAGUCUCUAAUACUCAUCCUAAGCUUUCAAAAGAGAAUGUAAUCAGUAGCUCUCCAGAAAACAGUAAUAUGGGAAAUGAUACAGCAACAGAGGAUAUCUGUGCUGAAGAUAUUUCAGAGCAUAGGCAGAACCUUGGCCAGUCUUUAAAAGAUCAGGAAAAUCUAGUUGAACCGACAGCACAGACAGACCAUAGUCCCGAUGAUGAUGAUACUUACAGAAGCAGGCUUCGGCAGCGUUCUGUUAACGAAGGGGGAUAUAUCCGACUACACAAAGGAAUGGAGAAGAAGCUGCAGAAACGGAAAGCCAUUCCCAAGUCAGCAGUUCAACAGGUGGCUCAGAAAUUAGUUCAAAGAGGAAAAAAGAUGAAACAACCAAAGAGGGAUGCUAAAGAGAAUACCGAAGAAGAAGCAUCCCAUAAAUGUGGGGAAUGUGGAAUGGUUUUUCAGAGACGAUAUGCUCUUAUAAAGCACAUACUGAAACAUGAAAGAGCUAGAGAUUACAAGUGUCCAUUGUGUAAGAAACAGUUUCAGUACAGUGCCUCCUUGAGAGCACACCUUAUUCGACAUACCAGGAAAGAUGCACCUACUUCAUCCUCUUCCAGUUCUGCAUCUAAUGAGGCAUCAGGAUCAUCGUCUGAGAAGGGCAGAACCAAACGAGAAUUUAUAUGUUCGAUAUGUGGAAGGACAUUACCUAAAUUAUAUUCUCUUCGAAUACAUAUGUUAAAGCACACAGGGGUAAAACCACAUGCAUGCCAGGUCUGUGGAAAGACUUUCAUCUACAAGCACGGUCUAAAAUUACACCAGAGUCUCCAUCAAUCACAAAAGCAGUUCCAGUGUGAACUAUGCGUUAAGUCAUUUGUUACCAAACGGAGUCUUCAGGAACAUAUGAGUAUUCACACAGGAGAGUCCAAGUACCUUUGCUCAGUUUGUGGAAAGUCUUUUCACAGGGGCUCUGGGCUCAGCAAGCACCUAAAGAAACACCAACCAAAGCCUGAAGUUCGAGGCUAUCAUUGUACUCAAUGUGAAAAAAGUUUCUUUGAAGCUAGAGAUCUUCGCCAGCACAUGAACAAACAUCUUGGUGUGAAGCCAUUCCAGUGCCAAUUUUGUGAUAAGUGCUAUAGUUGGAAGAAAGAUUGGUAUUCCCAUGUGAAGUCUCACUCUGUCACUGAGCCUUACAGGUGUAAUAUAUGUGGCAAAGAAUUUUAUGAAAAGGCAUUGUUCAGAAGGCAUGUAAAGAAAGCUACCCAUGGAAAAAAAGGAAGAGCGAAGCAAAACCUGGAACGGGUGUGUGAACAAUGUGGAAGAAAAUUCACUCAGCUGAGAGAGUAUAGGAGACACAUGAACAACCACGGAGGAGUUAAGCCAUUUGAGUGCUUAACAUGUGGAGUAGCUUGGGCUGAUGCCCGAUCUCUAAAACGCCACGUCAGAACACACACAGGUGAACGGCCCUAUGUCUGUCCCGUAUGUAGUGAAGCCUACAUAGAUGCUCGAACACUCCGUAAACAUAUGACUAAAUUCCACAGAGAUUAUGUGCCUUGCAAAAUUAUGCUGGAAAAAGAUACCCUUCAGUUUCAUAACCAAGGAACUCAAGUGGAGCAUGCUGUUAGCAUCUUAACAGCAGAUAUGCAGGAACAAGAAAACAGCGGUCCUCAAGAACUUGAAACUGUGGUAGUGACAGGAGAAACUAUGGAAGCUCUCGAAGCUGUUGCAGCUACUGAAGAAUGUCCGUCAGUAUCUACACUUUCUGACCAAAGUAUUAUGCAAGUGGUUAACUAUGUGUUAGCACAACAGCAAGGACAGAAGCUAUCUGAAGUUGCAGAAGCGAUUCAAACUGUUGAAGUAGAGGUGGCCCAUAUUUCAGAAACAGAGUGAAUGUAGUAAUGGAGAUGAACAGAAGGGACAUCUCACAUAAAUUGAACUCACAGAACAUUUGUUUACAGUGCUAUGUGGCUGUCCGCCUAGAGUUUGUAUGUCAAGGCUCUGGGCUGUUUUGGUGGUGUUUUAACAUUUCUAAACGGUUUGUCUGGCUAAUGGGUUCUGUAGAAAAGUCCAUUUACUGUAAAGAAAUUGAAAACAAAUCUAUUUGAUGGCAGUGGAUUAUCAUGGUAUAGUUUUUAUGAAUUAAUGUUUAUAAAGAACUGUACUAAAUAAAUUAAAAACUGUACAGUUUCAUUUGCAUUUUGACAUUAUUAUAUACUUUGAGUUUAAAAGGCUGUACUAAUUGGCUUUUCUUCUCUUUUAUUCUCAAAAUAUAGAGGUUCUGUGAUUUCAUUUGCCUUGUUUAUGGAUUAAAAAUUCUAAUAUAAAACAUUUUAGUGCGAUACAUAAGUAUAUUACAUUUUUUUAAAUGCUUCAAAUCUGUGAUUCUUGACUUACUAUUUAUUUUAACCCCUUAUAAAGUCAGGGAUUCUUUAUUUUAAAGCACUUAAUAAGUUACAUGUUGUAAUCAAGUUUGCACAGUGUACUUAAUCUAUAUGGGGAACCCUUAAAUGAAUAGCUGAUUUAUUAAAAUGCAUGAAAUGCCUAUUAAAGCCUUACUCUACUAUCCUUCAAGGCAAGUAAAUUGACCAUGAGCAAAGAACACUAUUAUUAAACUCUGUUGAUGGGAAAUUUCUCCUUGAUAACAUAAGAUAAUAAAUGGGAAAAAAGAAGUUAAAACUAGGUUUGGUAUGUUUGCAGCUUUUGUAUCAUGUUUAAUUGUUCAAUUUUGUUGAAAAACUGCAGUUUAGAAGUAGGAUAGCGAUAUAGACAUCUGCAGUGGUCCUGUGGAUACCAUGUAAUUGUCAAGUAAUUUCAGAAUAUUGAAAAUUCUUCAGCCCUCAUUACAGUAUACUAGUUAAAGAAAUUGAUUAUGGCCCACCAAAUUGUUAAAAGUAAAUUCUUCUUAAAAGUUGCCUGAGAGUUAAAUUAAUUUGUAUGUUUGAUUUUGAAAUUCCCACCUCUUUAAGCUAUCCAGUUUUCUCGUUUUUCAAAAUAACCACGGGGAGAUGCCACAUUUCUCUCCUGGGAAACUGCCACUCAAGCUGUAAUUGUUAAAAUUAAACUUCUAAGUAUUAGAAGCUAAUAUAAGUUGUAAAAUUAAGAUACAAGCAAAUCACAUGUAAGUCAUUCCUAAAGCACAAGAAAAGAAUGUGCCUUGAUGUACAUAUAUUAUUAAGAUGCUUAUUCCAGUUUACUUUAAAAGUGGCUUAAAAGAUGGAGAAUAAAUGUGAUGCCAUGCAUGCAUUAUACCUGUAUAUGUAAUAUUUGCAUUUGCAAAUUUCCCAUUGUUUCAAUAGCUGUGUGGCUGACUUUCAGUUUUAAGUGGAUUAACAUACAGUCUAUAACUUUAUAAUGGCUGCUUGUUUAUCAUAUCUUUCAGUUAGUGAAAAUGUAUUUCAACCUGACAAAAAUUUGGAAUUGUGUUUUUAUGUUCCCUUGUCACCAUUGUUAUUAGAUUUAGUUAAUUGUAUAAGACCCAUUAAUGUAUGUCAUAAAUAUGUAAAUAAAAGACGUUGAAUCUUGUUUAAAGCAUAA